CGUGCCCGACCGCCCGAACGUGUCAUUACGCGUAGAGCCUAUCGAAUACAGUACCCGUGUAUUGUUAUUACUGUUAUCAUACUGUUAUUAUCGCCGCCGGAUCGUGUCGUUUCCGUGAUUGUACCUACCGGGUUCGCGUGCGUUUGCAAAGCGUAAUGCCCGUCGGUGACCGAGCCGAAUAGCAGAUUUGUACCCACACGGCAAUAAUAUCGUCAUUAACAACAGUAAUUAUACUAUCGUUCUUUUUGACUGCGAUUCGUGCGACCGUUUUAUCGAGACGCGCCGGCAACCGACGACACGACCAUGCGAUAACGCGGCACGAUGAUCAUCGUUUCGAAUCAGACGGUUCUCUGUCCUGCCGCAUCCCAACGGUGGUAAGCCACCGGUCGUGGCCACCGUGCGUAUUAUGCUCUCCUACAUGGCUCCAUCGGUGAGUGACAAGCCUCCAACGGUGCCCAGUCGGUUGGCGCUGGAACACAAGACGUCGGCGUACCACAGGUUCAGCAGGCCGCCGUCAAUCACGUUCAACGAUGGACAGCGCGAGGGCUUCGGCGCCCUGCCCGCGCCCAUCAAGGGCAACAUGGUCAAAGAGGACAGCACCAACAGCAUAUCGUCCAGCGUGGACCUGUUGCCGGCCACCCACGACAACAAACGACUGACCAACAAGCCGGCCACGUUAAAGAGGGUCUCGUUUGGCAGUUCAAAAGGCUCUAUGGUAGAAACGUUGAUAUACGAUAGCCCUCCUGUUCAAGAAGAACUACUGGACCCAAGCGACGUUGACGAUACUGACGGAGCCGUCGCGUCCACUAAGGUCCGGGUGAGCUUUUUCGAAUCGGAAAGACCGUACUGGCUACCGUCGCCGCCAAAAUCCUUGGAAGUGUUCGGUGACACCACGAUGACAACUUCGAGUCCUAUACUUCAACGGUCGAAUGGCCACGUCCAAACGCAGAUUAGUUCCGACGGCUGGGACAAUCCUUUCAGACCCGACGGUGACUUGUCUAAGGAAGCCGACCAGAUCGUCGAACUAAUCAAAGAAGGAAAACCCAUCACACCUACGCCCGCGAACGCUACAUCACCACUAUUGCCAAAUCAAUCAGCAAAGAAAGAUCAACCUGUAACGUCCACACCGGCCAAAUCAAACGGUACUUGUAGUGAAAAGAACGCAGUGCCGCCCAAUGUGGAAGUCCAAAGAGGAACUGUGAUAAACGGGAACGAACCAUCCCAGGUGGAGCAUGUAGUAUUGAAGAAAAAACCCAAGUGCAGGUGUUGUGUGAUACAAUAACAAGUGACCGGAUACACGCUUACACAGACACACAUUUUUUUUUAUCCGAAUAUAUAAAUAUAUAUAUAUAUAUUAUAACAGCAUAUUAUAUUAUAUGUAAAAUAAUCCUAAAAACGCAUAAACUAAAAAUAAUUAAAAACAAAAAAAAAAAAAAUGUUUAAAAGAAGAACGCUGUGCCUUCGACCGUGUGCGUUGUUGGCGAGAUCCCGACGUCUCGCGAUACAAAAUGAUUUUUCAGAGCUAUAUUAAUUAUUAUGUUUGUACCUAUAUGUUUGUAUUUAUAAGUAUAUAUAAAAACUCUACAAUUUGUAUUAUAUAAAAAAAAAAUAACAAUAAUGACUUUUCUAUGAAUAUAUUAUAUUAUAUGUAUAUUAAAAAAAAAAAAACAUACAUAUAAAAAUUGAUGACAUAAAAUAUAAAUGUCACAUAGUUCCUCUUUAUACACAUAUACAUAUUAUAUCUACAUAAUAAUAUAUUAAUUAUGAAAAUCGUUUUUUUUUUUUUAUAAUAAUGUAUUGUAAUAAUAGUAUAUAAUAUUAUGUAGCAAACUUUAUGUUGCUUGUGACAAGUUAUAUAUAUAUAUAUAUUGUACUGGUACCCAAACACACAUUGCACACAAAAUAACACACGCCAACUAUAUUUGGACAACUGUGACUGGUAAACGAAGACGGGGAAUAAAAAAAACACAAAAAAAAAAAAAUUGUAUGUGUUUUUACCAGUUUUUCACGCAAACCGUUUUUGUUUUGGAGUUGACGCACGCUCAAACAUAAUAAUAUUUUCAUUGUACGAAUUCGCCAAAUAGGUAAACUAUAUAUUUUUUCAACAGCUUAUAAAAUAAAAUAUUAUACGAAAACCUCCUCUACAAUCUUUCUGUGAUUAUAUAAUAAUAUAUUAUAUUACUUAUAUUUAUUUAUUUAUUUUAAUUUUUUUUUUUGUUUUGUUAUUUAUUUUAUAUUUAUUUACCGCGACAAAAAAUGUAUUGUACUGGGGAUUCGAUUGAAUCGAAGAAAACGUUUAUAUUGUACCAUAAUAGAAAAUAAUAAUAUGUAAUACAAUUAUAAUAAUAAUAAUAGUACUAUGUUAGUAUACGUUUAUAUAGUAUCUGUGUAUGGUAUUUAAAUCAUACUAUUUGUAACGUUUUCAUUUAUGAUUUAUUAUUACUAUUACCUACUAUAAUAUUACUCGGAAACGAACGCAUGUGAUGAUAACGUCAAGGACGGAAAAUAUUGUUCGACUCUGCCUGUGAAUUAAUUAACGCAUUAAUGUGGAAAUGUUGGAAACUAAUUAAUUAAGUAUUUGAUAUAUAUAUUUAUAUUUAUAUUAUAAUAAUAUAUGAUAAUGAUAUGUUGUUUUUCGAAAUUCCGCUUAACGGUCUAACUUUUUUUUUCUUUGUACGCUUUUUUUUCUAUUUUAAGAUUUUUUCAAUAAAUAUUCGAGAAUAGUAAAAAAAAUGUACGAAUAUAUUAUAAACUUAAAUCAUAAUACGAUUGUCUAUUGUACUUUAUUAAAUAAUUUAAUCGUUUUUUUCCUCUCCGAAUUGAUUACUAAUUAUUCUUUCGGAAAGUUAACCAACUAAGAAAAAUCUUUAUAGAAUUAAAUUUUAAUAAAAUGUCUUUAAAACGUUUUCCAACAUUUUCUAUAGUUAACUAUUAUAUCGUAUCACUUCUGAGCAAUAUCACGAAAUUUAACAUAAUAAUAUUUAUAUAUAUAUUUGUAAUGUUCAGAUUUGUUAUUUUUGUAAAUUACAAUCUUUUACUGUGUGAUCGAUAGAAGUCGGAAGUUGGUUUUUUGAUUUGUUCAAAUUAAAUAUCAAAUUUAAACCGCACAACUACGCAUUUUUUUCAUUCGAACAAUUUAUCGUUUGGGAAACCCCAACGUUAAUAAUAGCAAACGUGGAAGAAGUUUUGAACAUUUUUUUUUAGUUUGAGAGAUUUUUUCAAUUUUUAUAUAAACGUGUUCUCGGAGUGUCUUUCCUAUGGGAUGUAUAUAGAUUUACAUCAUUUUUGACUGAAGUGAAUAGUACUUAAUAUGAAUGCUUUACAUGUUGAGUGGUAUUUGAAAGUAAAUUACAAUGUGUAUUACUAUGAA